CUUGAAACCUUUCAUCCACUCGCAUCCAUUCUAUCCAAUCUCAAUCAAAUCAACCAUUCAACCGAUUCGGAAAUCUGAAACUUCAAAUCGAUAUCAUCAAACAAAUCGCUACAUAAUCAAGCUCGCUGAUCUAUUAAACCUGAAAACCUUCAGCAAUCUGGCCAUCAGAAGCAUUCAAAAUCUGUUGACUCUUACUCAUUGUUAUCAUCCUCAUCAUUAUCCUUCGAUCAUGUCAACUAUCACUCAAUCAAAACCAUCAAACCCAUUCUCGAAUGCAUCUCGUUCUCCCUUACAUUCUAAACCUGAUCCGAAAGGAGAAACUCGUCAAGCUUUACCUCCCACUGAUCCAACUGCAUUGAGUGAACUCGAAGCUGCGAAACAAUUAGCUGCCUAUGUUGCCGUAGAUGAACAUAUCUUACCUCACCAUCGGGUCAUUGGUAUUGGGAGCGGUACAACAGUACCUUACGUUGUUGAAAGGAUUGUUCAACAAGGAUCUGAAGCUAAUGAGUCAAGAUGGUUUAUCCCAACUGGUUUCCAAUCUAAAGAACUGAUUGUCAAAGCCGGUUUAAACUUAGGAGACGUAGAUCAAUUUCCAUCUCUAGAUAUCACCCUCGAUGGAGCCGAUGAAGUAGAUGCAGAUUUAAAUGCCAUCAAAGGAGGUGGUGCAUGUCAUCUAAGAGAAAAAGUUUUGGCUGAAGCUGCUGAAACAUUUGUUUUAGUAGCCGAUGCUAGAAAAGAUUCAGGUGUAUUAGGAUCUAAAUGGAAAGGUGGUGUUCCAAUCGAAGUGGUACCAUUUGCUUGGGCUAAAGUGAUUAGAAAUAUUCAAAAAAUGGGUUGCCCGGAUGCUUCAUUAAGAAUGGGAAAAUCCAAAGCUGGUCCUGUGGUAACUGAUAAUGGAAACUUUGUGAUUGAUGCUCCAUUUGAUGAGGUCUACAUGCGCGAUCCUAUGGAACUCGGUUACAGACUUAAGAUGCUCACGGGUGUUCUGGAAGUCGGCCUAUUUUGUGGAAUGGCACAAGAUGCCUACUUUGGAAACCCAGAUGGUUCUGUAACGAUUCGAUCUAGGAAUGGAUCUAUAAGAAAGUUAAGCGCUCAAGAAGGACGUCAACGGUUUCUUGAAUCACCUACCAAUUCUUCUUCUGAUCAUUCUCCUUCACCUGACCCAGACAAUCAUCAACAAAUACCUUCUAUUACUCAAUCUUGAUCUUCAUAUCCUCUCCCCCGGUAAAAAAAAUACAAAAAUCUUUCUACAAUAGCAGUCAAAAAGCAAGCCAUCAUGCGAUUGUGAAUAUUCCAAAUUUCAUCAGUUUUUGAUUUUUUUUUUGUGUACAAAGUCAUUCACCUCAAUCAAAACAUUUCAGUUAUUCUAGAGUUAACCUCAAUUGUAAGAGUUGUAUCGCAAUCAAUAUCCUUGAUCAAUGUUUUCUACACUUCUUUACUUGGUGAUUAUCUUAUCACAUGUGGAACUUCAACACAUGUAAAUUGACUAGGAGUUGGGGUCUAGCUGGAUAAAACCAGAUGUAUGUGCGGUGG